GGUGGAGGAGGAGGGAUGAGGCGCGCGGAGGGGAAAUGGCUGCCGAAAACAAGCCGGAAGGGUUGAAAAGGAUAAGGAAUCCAGAGCGGAUGAUUAGAAUUGCCGUGGGAUACACAGGACAUGCCCCUCCCAAGAGUGAUGACACUGACACCAACGGUGAGCCCGGCCAGUUGAAGAUCUACCUACCUAAGAAGCUGUUGGAGUGUUUGCCCAAAUGUUCCUCUCUACCCAAGGAGCGCCACCGCUGGAACACCAAUGAGGAGAUUGCAGCGUAUCUGAUCACAUUUGAGAAACAUGAAGAAUGGCUGACGACAUCACCCAAGACCAGACCUCAGAAUGGCUCGAUGAUCCUGUACAACAGGAAGAAGGUAAAGUACAGGAAGGAUGGCUACUGCUGGAAGAAGAGGAAAGAUGGGAAGACCACCAGAGAAGACCACAUGAAGCUCAAAGUACAGGGAGUGGAGUGUCUGUAUGGCUGUUAUGUCCACUCCUCCAUCAUCCCUACCUUUCAUCGCAGAUGCUAUUGGCUGCUCCAGAACCCAGACAUAGUGUUGGUACACUACCUGAACGUUCCAGCGGUGGACGACAGUGGGAAGCCAUGUGGGCCUGUCCUCUGCUCCAUCAACACAGACAGGAAGGAGUGGGCCAAGUGGAGCAAGGAGGAGCUCAUUGGACAGCUCAAACCCAUGUGUGCUGGGAGUAGCCUGCACCAGAAAUGCUCCACUGCCAAACACCGCAUUAUCUCCCCCAAAUUAGAAGCAAAGACAGGGACAGGGGAUGGGACUGGGACAGGGACAGGGUCUGGGACAGGGUCUGGGACAGAGGUGCAGAACAGUGAUGUGUCUGAGGGGCAGACAGAGCCCAGUCCUGGAGUGGGGGCCAGGAGCAGAGGAGGGGGGGAGAGGAAGAAUGGAAGGUUGCCCAAACCCUCCCUGCUUCCCCAGAGCAGCAUGGAAGUUUCCUCCACAUCCACCAAUCAGGUGGAGGUUCCUGACACCACACAGAGCUCCCCACUGUCAAUCACCAGCGACAUUACUGCAGACAGUCCCGCCCUCGGCCUGGCCAGCACCCUAUCACAGAGCUCUGCUGCUGUGUUCAUGUCCGAGGUUGCCACGGUAACAGGGGAUUCCGUGUACACCACAGAACACGCCCAGCUGAUUGGCUCCACCCAUGACACCACCACCACUGGGAUUCUACUGGCUGUUGCCCCAGACACCCAGCGCUUUGAGUUCCCUGGGCGGGGGGGGUUAGGAGAGGAAGGGGGGGAGUUGGUCCUCUCCAGCAGUCUGGAUGCUGGAGGUUCUGGAGUCAACCUUCUUGAGACCAGCAUGAACUUUGACCCAGACUGCUUCCUCAACAACCCCAAGCAGGGCCAAACAUAUGGGGGAGGAGGGGGUAAGGCCGAGGAAGGUAGCUGUAAUAGUGAGGGGGGGCUCCGCUGCUCUCCACAGUCACUAACGGCUAACGGCUAUUUAUUCAAUGCCACGCUCGUAAACAUCAAGACCGAAGAUACUCCCCUGGAGCAGCCGCUGGAUAAUCAGAGCGGGUACGCUGGCGAGGGGACGGGCCUGAGCCCUAGCACCACACUGGAGCAAAUGGACUUCAGUGCUGUGAUGUCAUCAGCCUGCGCCCAGAGCUUGGCACAGCAGAUACACCAACACUCCCCCAGUCUCUUCUUGCAGGCCUCCCCUAAGACCCCCCUCGCCCAGGCCACCCAGCCCCAGAUCUGUGCCUCUGAGACGGGCCAGAACUCAGGCGAGACCCAGGCUUAUCUGGGCCUAUCUACUAUACCACAGACUGACUCUACAGGCACCAACGGAGACCCUCACACUUACCUCCACCAACCCUCACCAGACCAACAUGGCCACAGUGAGGAAAGCAGCCAGGUGGGUCUAGUGGGGCUGGGUAGCUUUCCUGUAAGGGGGCAGGAGAUGAGAAAAGACCAGCUGAGCACCAGAGGACCUGGGAAGGUGACGUCCCCAGAGAAAGAGACACAGAAGAGGGCAGAGUUACUCCUCAAUCCUGGGGAACAGCAUGAGGCCUACAGAAACAACACUGGUGUUGGGAGAGGUGGAGAUCACUACCUACAGCCAACAACCAAGAGUGGGGGAGUAGAGGGAGGACAAGAAAUAGGAGAGAAAUAUAUUUUCAGUAACGGGGUCAGAGAUGCAGGAGUUAACAGCUCAGUGGUGGACAGUCCUCAGUCUCUAGCUGGAGCAGCCAUGGAGGGGGGGUUGUACAGCUCUACUCUUCCCCAGCCGGGUGUAGGUGAGGCUGGGGGAGCUGAGGGGGCAGGCGGGGGCAUCAGCCUGGAAGGCUUUGAGGCAUCGUUUGGGAAUCAGUUCUCUGACCUCAUCAAUGACUUCAUCUCUGUUGAGGGGGGUGGAGGGGGCGCGGUGGCUGGGACAGGAGGCAGUGCACUCUACACCCCUGCUCUGAUGCCCCAGGAGGAGGUUGGAGAGGGCCAGGAGGCAGGAGCAGCCCCCAUUCAGGGUUCAGAGGUGGAGCAGGGACCUCUGAGAUUGCUGCCAGAGACGGGGAGGCUUUUUGGGGUGACAGACUACUCCCCCGAGUGGUCUUACCCAGAGGGUGGGGUGAAGGUGUUGAUAACAGGUCCCUGGCUGGAGGCCAGCAGGGAGUACAGCUGUCUGUUUGACCACAUCAGUGUCCCAGCUGCUCUCAUACAGCCAGGAGUACUGCGCUGCUACUGCCCUGCCCAUGAAACAGGUUUGGUGAUGCUGCAGGUGGCUAUGGGUGGGGAUGUGAUCUCUUCCUCUGUGGUGUUUGAGUAUAAAGCUCGAGACUUGCCCGCCCUGCCCUCCUCACAACACGACUGGUUGUCCCUGGACGAUACCCAGUUCAGGAUGUCCAUUCUGGAGCGUCUGGAGCAAAUGGAACAGAGGAUGGCUGAGAUAACCAAUCACCAUCAGAGCUCCGAAACCACGGCAGCCACGGGGGGAGGUGGAGGAGCAGGUGGCACUGACCACCAGUCCCAGCUCUCCCCAGCCGAGGGUUCAUUUGAGGGCCGUGUGGUGGUGGUGUGUGAGAAGAUGAUGACCCGUCCCUGUUGGGUUUCCUCCAAUCAGCUGAUCCACAGCCGGAGUUCCCGGGGCAUGACCCUGCUGCACCUGGCCGCAGCUCAGGGAUACGCAGGGUUAAUACAGACUCUCAUCCGCUGGCGCACUAAGCAUGCAGACAGCAUAGAUCUGGAAUUAGAGGUGGACCCUCUCAAUGUCGACCACUUCUCCUGCACCCCACUGAUGUGGGCCUGUGCUCUGGGUCAUACAGAAGCAGCGCUGGUUCUGUACCAGUGGGACCCCAGAGCUUUGGCCAUCCCUGAUUCGCUGGGCCGCCUGCCACUCAGUAUUGCACGCUCACGGGGACACACUCGCUUGGCCGAGCUACUGGAGCAGCUGCAACAGACUCCUCCUACUCAGAGUCCACCCACUGACACCUGGAUGGACAGGUGGAGCAGCGAAUCGGAUCCCAGUGGACAUAGGGAAAGCCCCGCCCCCAGCUCUAACCCAGACCUAAGGAGAACCAGGACAGAACCACAGCAGAUCACCCAGAACCACAGCCAGAGUCAGAGCUGGGCUCACCAGGGCCAACCCCAGUUGCAAGGCCAACACCGGGGGCCACCAGACAACCAGGGAGACCUACCACCAGCCAAGAGACUCAAACUCAACCCUGAGGCCCAGCAACAGCCAGUCAACCCCCCACGCUCUCAACUACCCAACCUCAGCCCCCUAAACACUCACCCCCCCAGACCCAGCUCUAACACCCCAAAUCCCCACUUCCCCAGCCCACCUCUGCAGGCCAGGUUAGGGGGGUCAGGGGGUGGCAGUAGGUAUAGCUUGCGGCAGGCUCUUGGGAGGCGGAGUUUGGCCAGGAGGAUUCUGGGAAAGGAGAGACUGGCCAAUCAUCUGCGUCAGAGGGGCGUAUCCACCAGGGGGGAGGAGCCAGAACUGAUGACCUAUCAGGAGAAUAGUGAAGACCUGCAGAUGAACAUGAUGAUGCUGGCAGAACACAUCAUGGAGGCCACUCCUGACAGGAUCAAACAGGAGGGCUUUGUUGCCACGGAGACUGAGACGUCGCCACCGGAGACCGUUGGGGUCAGCGGUGAUGUCAGCUGGUUGGCUAGUUACAUUGGUGACGUGGAGCGGUUUCUAUACUCCAGGCCCCAGAUGCCCACCCCAAGCCCCAUACCAAGCCCCCUGUCUGGGCCUGAGGAUGAGGAAAGUCCCCUGGCUCCGCAAGGCCUGCCCUCCCCAGCCGACUGGAGCUCCUUCCUGCAUGCAUCACUCAGUGGGGAGGGCCCAGACACCAACCCUGCCCACCUCACACUGACAGAGGCGGAGCAAAGAGAACUGUACGAGGCUGCAAGACACGCCCACCACACCCUCAGAAAGUACAAGGGCCGGCCAAUCCAGGAGCAACGUAAAGAAACAGUAGCAGUGGUCCAGCGCUGCUAUAAGAAAUACAAACAGCUGUCAUGGAUAGCCUUGAAGUAUGCACUUUAUAAGAGGAUGACGCUGGCAGCCAUUUUGAUCCAGAGCCGCUUCCGCAGUUUCCACGAACAGAGGAAGUUCCAGCAGAGCCGGCGAGCAGCAGUACUGAUCCAGCAAUACUACCGCAGCUACAGACACUCUCUCAGCAGUCUCCUCACUAAGAGACAGAACCAGGCUGCCCGUAAGAUCCUGAGGUUCCUGCUCAGAUGCCGCCACAGCCUCUUGAUGGACCAUAGACCAGUCAAACGGGGCAAGAGAGCAGAGAAAGGCCAGGGAUCCUGAGAGCCCACGACCCAGUCCAACACAGAGCCCCCUCAUCCUGUGAGCUCCCCUCCACUCUUCUCUUCCCUCUCCUCCUGUCCCUUCCUCCCUCGGUCUCACACAGGGGCAAUUCUCUUUUCCUCCCUCUCCUCAUACCAAUCUCACAAUGAGACUACUUCACAGUCCACACUCCUCUUCUACAAACAGACUGCUAACACUCAAACAGGAGAAUGAGGAGGGAUACAUGGCAACUAUAUCACUGAGACAACACAGAGACAACUCUCCUCUCUCUCCUCCCCUGUUUCUCUGAGACAAACGCUUCCCAAACAGACAGGUACACUGCUCUGGGAGACUGCUCUGGGAGACUGCUCUGGGAGACUGCUCUGGGAGACUGCUCUGGGAGACUGCUCUGAUGAACAUAUGAUCCUGGCUCUGGCCACAGCCUCACUUUACUUUCCUAUUCCUCCAGAUCACAGAGAGGAAACUACAUUACCCUGCCUGGCAUCUUUGCACUCUUCACAGAUAGAUCAAUGUUUUCUUCAAGAGCAGAAAAGAACAAGAGAAAAAGAUCAGGAUGCAGCUGAAGAUGCACAUUUUUUCAUCGAACGUGUUCGAUACGGAGAAUGGGAUGAUUGGUUUUCUCAUAUGGGCAACAUUUGCAUUGACAUGCAUAAUCUAUAUUGGACCUGUUGUACUUGCUGUAUAUAUGAUACAUUUUAGGAAAGGAAAACAUAAACCAAAUAUCACUCCCAUAUCCUGUAUGCAUGCACUGUUUUUCACUAGCUCUUCUCCCAUGGCUUUUAUGGCAGUUGGCAAAGUCAAUGUGAUCACCACACUCUGAUUGGCUGGCUAGACAGGUCAACCAGUCACCCAGUCCCCCAAAGAGAAGUACUACACUUGAAUGUAAGAAGAACAUUAACAGAUAGGGGUUUAGGUGUAAAUAACAGUGUCUUAAUUUGUUAUAUUGACUUGUCUAUGAAGUCAUUCUCUGAGGAAGCAUUUUGCUAGCCUGAUGUGUGAUUCUGUGUUUGUUGAAUCUAAUGCAUGUGUUUGAGCUUUGAGCUCCUGCAUGCGAACCAAACUUGUUUGUUUUGUAUUUAUGUGUAGUGGUGUCUCACUUCUGUCCUCAUUGACUAUCUCUACCCUGUGUUUAUCAUGUGCUCUAUGUAAGGAAAAUAACCUGGGUUUUCUGCUUUUAUUUAUCUAUUUGUUUCAUUUUUCUUAUUGACCUUUUUUUAUGUUCUUUCAUUUAAUUUACAGUAAGAAAAGGGCAUUUUAGCCCGAGUUAGUUUUAUCCCCCUAUUGUGUGGUAAUGUGUGGUAAUGUGUGGUAAUGUGUGACAUAUUCGGUUCAGAUGGUUAUCUGUCUCUGUCAAUUUGUUCUUAACAUGAACUUCAAAAAGCCACAUAUAGUUUUGAGGAGAGUGUCACAUUGCAUUGCCUUGACUUCUUAUAGUCUGUGAGAAGUCCCAAUACUUACUAUACGCUAGCCCCUGUCUAGGACAUGGGUCCCUAUAUUAGCCCUUAUAGAGUUUAGCCCAACCCAUAUUUUUGACUAUUUAGCGUCUCUGUACAUAAAAUGACGAGGUAUGGGUAUAUAUGGAGACCCCGGAUCUUUUUCAUGAGAAAAGACUGUAUUUAAGAAUAUAUAUUAUUUUACUUCUAUAACAACAGUAUGAGCAGAUAGAGACCCGGGUAUACAGGACAAUUGUAUUGUUUGUAAAUAAUGUAAAUACUAACCAUGGAUCUAUGUGCAUGAGUUAAUAAGACAAAGAAACGGAGUAAGAAAAUCAACAUGCAUUUUUUUUGUGGCUAUGGACUGUAAAGAGGAUUUGAACUACUUCACUUUACAAGUGUUUGAUAUAAGUGUUAUUGAAGAACAUUUUGCUAAAGCAUGACAUUGAUGAAAUCUUAUGUUAAAACCAGUGAUAUAAAGAACAAGGGCAGAAAGGUAAAUGUAUACACAACAUGCUUUUGAUUUUAGGCUAGCAAGAAUGAAAUCAUUUGGCUCGUGGUGCCAAUUAUUAGGAAUUCUACUUUUCCCUAAGACCCUAGGAUUAGCGCAGGAGUUUUUCCUGACCAUGUGGUCACUUGUUCAGGAAAAACUCCUGGUCCAGGAGGUAAAACAUACAAGUAUUGAAUAUACUGUACACAGUCAUCUCAAGCAACUGAAGGGUGGGAAAGCAAGGAGAACUUCAUAAUCUAUUAUUUUAAAGUGUACACAGAAUGAGUUCCUGUCAGGUGUCAAAACCAAACAAACUGGUGAUGGGUGAUGUUUCUGUUAGUGUGGUCCUCUGUGGCUCAGUUAGUAAGAGUGUUGGGCGGGCAAUGCCAAGGUUGUUGGUUCAUUUCUUGCAGGGAUCAUACUCAAAAUGUAUGCCCUCACUGUACUGAGUAAGUUACAUUGGAUAAAAGUGUCUGCUAAGUGGUAUAUACUUUUAUGUUAAUGCAAUUGCAGAUUUGAAACUUUCAUCUCUUAGCUUCAGACAGAUGUUUUCCCCUUCAAAUUCCCCAGUAUGCAAUUGCCAAUAGUAUGGCCUGUGUUACCAUGAGGCGUUUCCUUCCCUGGAGUGUCUUACAGAUUUGUUUUGACUGAGGAUUAUGACCAGUUUGGUUUAGAAAGUGCCUACUCAUAUACAGAACGUGCAAGCUAAUAUCAGGAACCCACUAUAUGUCUCCAAACGAGUUAACCCAUUCCCUCUAUAGUUGCCCAAAUUGUGUGUGACGAUUAUUCUACACAAAAGAUUGGCGCCCAGUCUUAUUUUGAACUCUAAUUGGUUAGUGAUUUUUGUUGUUCUUCCUAUACCUAAGUGUUUAUGCAUUCAAAAUAUUCCAUUGUUAAAAGACAAGUUGCCUAUAGCAGAAACAGACUGAUACUAGUCCUGCUUUUGGUCCUCUAAGCGGAUGAUGUAUUUUCCUCCUCCUACCAGGUAGAUACUGAGUAGUGGAUCCCAGCAUACAUUACCAUGGUUCAUUUGGGUUGCUACAUUAUUUUUUUUAAAUCCGUAGCUCUGAUUUGCCCCCUACAUGUAUUUAUUUGUGAGAUGGAAACAUUGACAACGUUUCAAUCCUCAUUGGGAUCUCAGUUAGGUUGCCAGAUUAUGCCAUAUCGCUGACUGGGCUGGUUGAUAUAUUAUAGGCUAAAUUCUGCAUGGCGCAUUCACAUCUAUUUUACAGUAAUGGCAGUACAUGUAGGCCUAGACAUGUCAUAUAGAAACCUUGGGUUAAGUCUUUAGUGAGAUGUAGAGCACAAGAAACCCUCUUUCUGGAAUUCAACUGCUGUAUGGUCAUUCUCAAGAUGCAAAUAUCUGUUUUGAACAUUGAUAAAGUGUAUUCUUCUGCAUGGAAAUUGCAUGACAUUUUCCAUUAUUUAUCAUCUGUUCAGUCCUGGCAGAAAUGUUCUUCCAACGUUCUUACAUAAAAACAUAUCUUAGCUGGAUCAAACUUCACACACACAGACAGAGACAUGCACACGACUCACUCAGUCGUCUCACAAUCUCCAAUCUUGCACACACAUCACACUCUCUCACUUUUCUUUUUUCUUAGGGAGCAGUAACUCCCUCAGAUUUAAACUCAGGGUUCUAGAAUGGCUUGGGGGUGUGGAGUAGGCCCUGUGUGUGUGUGUGUGUGUGUGUGUGUGUGUGUGUGUGUGUGUGUGUGUGUGUGUGUGUGUGUGUGUGUGUGUGUGUGUGUGUGUGUGUGUGUGUGUGUGUGUGUGUGUGUGUGUGUGUGUGUGUGUGUGUGUGUGUGUGUGUGUGUGUGUGCGCGCGCACGCGUGUGUGUGUGUCAAUCAGCCAAUUGUGAUUAGGCUAUACCUCCUCUUUCAUAAGAUGACAGUGGCGAUGACCCCACAGAGAUGUGGCAGCCUGAGGUCUUGUUCACAGGGAGUUGGCCUGAGAUGGGUGCCACACACAUCAUCCCAUCUAUAAAGGACUUCCACUUCCAAACACCUGAGACACAACAUAUAACAUAUAUAAUACAAACAUUCGAAUAUAUGUAGAGCCUCAUAAAGAAGACAAUAAUAUCCUCUCUAGGGCCCGGAGUGGUUUUCCUGACCAGGAAAAACUCUGGGCAUAGUCAUUAUGGCCCAGGAAUUAUUCAUGUUGGAAAGGCUCUCCAGCCUAUCGCUGUUUCACUCUGUAGUCAACUCUUGAAUGCUCUUAAUCAUUUUAUACCCUGGCCUGGAACUGUGCCCUCCAACCACAUCACAGCUACACUAACAGAAACACAGAGAGGCGUUGCUGUUUAAAGGGGGUGAAUUCACACUGGAUAAGGCUUUCCACUGAAACACACAGAGCAAUAAACAAACAUAUACAUUUUCUAAAUAAGGAUCUGUACAUUUAAGUAAGCGUAGAGAUCAGUUUGUAGAGAAAAACAUAAGCUAUGUCACAGGCAACUUUGACUUCCUCUAAGGAAAGUGGGCCACAUUCAGUAGCCGAACGUUGCAGAUAGAAAUGCUAUGAAUAUAGCUGACGUGAUUCCUUAUUCUACAUGUCAGAGAGGCAUGUUUGUUCUACAUGCCAUAUUUCUAUCUGAACAUAACAAAACGCUGCGUCCUGCUGAACUCGCUCCUGGGCAAGCGGCACAGAGGUGACCUUUGACCCACAGGUUAAAGGUCAAAUAAGAGAUACAUUUUGAAAUACAGGCCGUAGUUAUAACGGGCUAUGGGCUAACAUCACACUGCAUGUUUAAAUAGUGCUAGCUAGACUUCUCCCUCUCUCUUUUCCUCUCUCAUCCCCAGCUUUGUUCCCUCCUACUUUGUGUUCUUCAUGCCCCCUCUCUCUCUUUCUCUCUCUCUCUUUCUACCUCUUUCCCUGUUUUGUAAGUGAUUUUUUUAAUAAUGUGCAUGUAUACGCAUCAAUAAAUAGUUGAAUAUGUUUUUAAAAAGAAUCUUCUGCUGCUGAGGCCAUGCACAGUGUUUUGAAUUGCCCUUAUAUGUGGAACAUGUACUUUGAAUGCUUUACAUAAUUUCUGCUGUAAAAUGAAAUCUGAGUAAAAAGAAAAUUUGC